ACAGUGCAGGCAUGGCGGCGCCCUGUGAAUACAAACACGACGCGCGAGCUUUUGUUGACUGUUGUUUUAACACAGUGCAUUUGUAGUCGAGAUGCUCGGAAACCAUUCUCUGAAUUCAAUAAAACACAAACACUAAGGACGACUGCGUGUUCUGUAAGAGCCAGAGCACAAGACACGUCUGACACAAGUUAAAGAAACAACAGGCCACUGUACACAUAUUUAUCCUUAAAGACAGGAUGUCCGGUGUUGCUCAGAGUGGUGAGGGUGCUGCAGGACAGGACGCAGAGGCUGAUGGAGAACCUCCUCAUAAAGCACAUAUUCAAGAAAGACUGGAAGAAGAAGAGGAACCAGCAGCCAAACAGCCUCGACUUCAGCAGGAGGAUGUGGCUCUUGAUUUCCCUAUGAUGGAGAUACCACUGGAGCCUUCAAAGGACAAGAGCGAAAGCCAAGGUACUGCUGGGAUUGAAGAGGAAGUGUCCUGUCAUCAGACUGAUGAACCAAUACAUGUUGCGGAACAUGAGGAGAUAGAAAGAGACGUAGAAUGGCAUCAAAACGGAGCAGAGAGCAGAGAAAUGCUGGACCAGACUGAAGAGAAUACAGCAGAUGAGUCUGAGAAGAACAGUCCAGAAGCUGAGCAGCACUAUCAAGGCCUGGACUUCAGGCAGAAUCCUCAGAUGCUGACGGGAUCAUGGGCCGAGUACACGAACACAGCUGAGAAUUACCUCAGAGGCUGCAAAUGGGCUCCAGAUGGUUCCUGCAUUGUGUCUAACAGCGCUGAUAAUGUUCUCCGGGUGUAUAACCUCCCACCCGAGCUGUACAGCAGCCAAUGGGACUUGCUUUCUGAGAUGAGUCCUGUGCUGAAGAUGGCAGAAGGAGACACCAUCUAUGACUACUGUUGGUUCCCCAAGAUGACUUCUACUGACCCAGACACAUGCUUCAUUGCCAGCAGUAGCCGAGACAACCCUGUCCACAUAUGGGACGCCUUCUAUGGGGACCUUCGUGCAUCUUUUCGACCCUACAACCACCUGGAUGAGCUGACAGCGGCUCAUUCUCUGUGUUUCUCUCCUGACGGCUCUCAGCUCUACUGUGGCUUUGAUAAAAUUGUCAGGGUAUUCCACACCGACCGUCCUGGCAGAGACUGCGAGCAGCGGCCCACCAUGGUCAAGAAACGGGGUCAGACUGGCAUUAUCUCAUGCAUUGCCUUCAGUCAGUGCCAGUCCAUGUAUGCCUGCGGCUCGUACUCCCGCUCGGUCGGCCUUUACUCUUGUGAUGAUGGCUCUCUGCUGGCUCUGUUGCCCACUCGACACCACGGAGGCCUUACACACCUGCUGUUCUCACCCAACGGCUAUCACCUGUACACAGGCGGGCGAAAGGAUUCAGAGAUCUUGUGUUGGGACCUCCGAGAUCCAGGACAGGUUUUGUUCUCCAUGCAGAGGAAUGUCAAUACAAACCAGCGCAUCUACUUUGACCUGGACCAAUCCGGACAGUAUCUACUGAGCGGGGACACUGACGGGGUGGUGUCAGUGUGGGACACUUUUACAGCGCUGCCUGAUGGGAAUGAGGAGAUACUAAAGCCACUGCUGCAGUUUCAGGCACACACUGACUGUACUAAUGGUGUCAGUGUCCAUCCUUUCAUGCCAUUGAUGGCUUCGUCCAGUGGUCAACGUAAGUUCUUCUGGCCGUCUGACAGUGAGGACUCGACAUCUGAUUCAGAGGAAGGGAACGUGAUGCCAACUAACGGCGUUCGGCCGGACAAUGCUCUGGUGCUAUGGUGGGCCGGCCCAGUGGCCUCAACCAAUGAGACGAGGCAGGAGGAGGAGCCAGCAGUUAUUGACAGCUAAAACUUUUGAUUGUUAAACUGCACUCCUGACUGACCCGUAAUCUACUGCCAAACCUAUAAUGCUGAUUGUUUAAGGUUAAGAAUGGUAAGAUUGUACUUUUGCACCAUUUUUAAUUGUACUAUAGUCAUUUAAAAAAAAUAAUAAUCUUCCAACCUUUUGUACAAACAUUUAUUUUUUUGUUGUUGCUGGGUUUGUAAAGCUUAAUCUAUAACGGUGUAAAAGUCAAAUCGUUCUUGACAGCAAAUUAUGAUUCACAUCACCUGGAACACUGAUCUGAAAUAUGAAUAAUUCAUUCGUAGAUUUCAUUUUAUUUGGACACGUCCCUAAAAUGAUGUUUACAGUCUGUUUACUAGCAAUUCUUCAUAGAUCUGCCGUCUCUGCUGGACUGUGAUGACUCUCAGGUUCAUGAUUUCGGAGAGCAGCCUUUUCUGAUUUGUUUCGGGUUUGUUUUCCUUUCGCCGCUAAAGCUGGUUUUUCAGGAAACGUGUUGAGACUUGUCUCGGACUAACUUUAAAAACACAGUAGUUAUUUCAGCAGCAGGUUUAAUCCCUGUAAGAAAUGAUUGUGACUAUGAGAAGGCUGUGUGUGAUGGACUGAGACGGUUUAUCUUGUUUUAAAUGUGCCAUAGAGCUGCAGAGGGCAGCUGUGAAUAUAUAUUUUUCUAAGCCAGUAAUUUGCUUUAUUGUAUGUUUGUGCGUGUGCGUGUUGGUUUCCUGUCUCUCAAUGAGCCUUGAUGCUUUAGCCGAGGCUGUACAUUCUCUUUUAUAAUAACUUGUGUUUAUGUUUGUUUGUGUGUGUGCGAGAAAGUGUCUCUGCAUAUUUUAAUGUUCGCUGUUGUAUUGACUCAAUUGUGUGUAAGUGUGUGUAUAUGUAUGUGUAUG